AAAAAAACAUCCUAAUCUCAUAUGCUAUCCAAGCUUUAAAACUAGACAAGCCAUAAGAAUUGCCUCAGAUACAUAUCAAUUGCCUUGGAAAGAAGCAAAUGUUUGUUAAUAUGUCAAUUCUAUAUAAAAUAAUCUAAUAAGCAAAUUGGCCUACUACUUUCUAUAUAUAUAUAUUUACUAAAUUCAACACUUUGUUUUCUAUUUAUGCAAUCACAUUCCAUGUUAAAGACUACAAAUUUCACAACCCAGAAAGCUAUAAUCUAUCAGCAGUCUCUGGUUUCAAUUUUUUCUCGGAUGGCAUAUUGGCAUUUUCUUCUCUUGCUUUUGAUAUCUGUCUCAGGUAAUAAAGUUUUCUCUUCAUAUUUUUAUUCAAUAUAUAAAUUUUCUAGUAAAUAAAUAAGCUUUUAACUCAACUAUUAAUAUUUUUCCAGGUUCUGAUGCUGCUGUUUUCACACUCUCAAAUAGAUGCAGGAGCACUAUAUGGCCUGGAAUUCUAUCAGGAGCAGGAAAGCCUCAAUUAAUGGAGGGUGGUUUUGAACUAAAACCAGGCCAAUCAGUAAACAUCAAUGCAUCACAAGGUUGGUCAGGCCGAAUCUGGGCUCGUACAGGGUGUUCAUUCGACAGCUCUGGCCGUGGAAAAUGCAUCACAGGCGACUGUGGCGGCAUUCUGAGAUGUGCUGGAGCAGGUGGAAAACCACCAGCUUCGCUUGCUGAAUUUACCCUGGAUAGUCCAAUCGAUUAUUAUGAUGUUAGUCUAGUAGAUGGCUUCAAUCUGCCAUUUUCCAUACUACCAUCUGGUGGUAAAGUUGGCUGUAAGACUACUCACUGCGUUUCGAACUUGAACAGGGAAUGCCCUGGGAACCUGCAAUUGAAAUGGAAUGGUCAGGUUGUGGCUUGUAAAAGUGCUUGUCUAGCAUUUGGGAAGCCUGAAUAUUGUUGCACUGGUGAUUAUAGUAGCCCUCAGACUUGCAAGCCAACGAAUUAUUCCAAGGUCUUCAAGGCUGCUUGUCCUACAGCUUAUAGUUAUGCCUAUGAUGAUCCUUCAAGUACCUUCACUUGCAAAGGAGCUAAUUACUGGAUUAGAUUCUUUUGAUAAUUCACAUUUUAUGUUCUUUAGGAAUAUAAAAUGAAAAAUGUUACUCGAGCAAGAAGUAUGACCCAACCUAAAAAGCUUAUAAUGCAAUUUCAAUUAAAUAUUUUAUGAGAUUUGAGUUGC